GUUUCACAAGGCGUUUGGCCCUUGGGACGCUCCGUAGUCCUGCGUGUAGUAAAUACCAAUGACGAACAAGCGAUCUGAGUUUCGAUUGGCUCCUACCCACGUUUCCGGAACUCGGUGGCCGUCGUGCGAAGGCUGAAGGGAGUGUAGCAGUCGGCUGUGUGAACCCGGAGAGCCGGCAUGCCUCGGUAUGCGCAGCUCGUCAUGGGCCCCGCGGGCAGCGGGAAGAGCACCUACUGUUCCACCAUGGUUCAGCACUGUGAAGCCCUCAACCGAUCUGUCCAGGUGGUCAACCUGGACCCGGCGGCAGAACACUUCAGCUACCCAGUGAUGGCUGACAUCCGGGAACUGAUCGAGGUGGAUGAUGUGAUGGAAGAUGAUUCUCUGCGGUUCGGUCCCAACGGAGGAUUGGUAUUCUGCAUGGAGUACUUUGCUAAUAACUUUGACUGGCUGGAGAACUGUCUAGGCCACGUUGAGGACGAUUACAUCCUUUUUGACUGUCCAGGUCAGAUUGAGCUCUACACCCACCUGCCUGUGAUGAAGCAGCUGGUCCAGCAGCUUGAACAGUGGGAGUUCCGAGUGUGUGGCGUGUUUCUUGUUGACUCUCAGUUUAUGGUGGAGUCAUUCAAGUUUAUUUCUGGCAUCCUGGCAGCCUUGAGCGCCAUGAUUUCUCUAGAGAUCCCACAGGUUAACAUCAUGACGAAGAUGGACCUGCUGAGUAAGAAAGCCAAGAAGGAAAUUGAGAAGUUUCUAGAUCCAGACAUGUACUCUCUGCUACAAGAUUCAACAGAUGACUUGAGAAGCCAAAAAUUCAAGAAGCUGACAAAGGCCGUGUGUGGCUUGGUUGACGACUACAGCAUGGUCCGGUUUCUGCCGUACGAUCAGUCAGACGAGGAGAGCAUGACCAUCGUGCUCCAGCACAUCGACUUCGCCAUUCAGUAUGGGGAGGACUUGGAGUUCAAGGAGCCGAAGGAGCAUGAAGAAGAGUCUUCCUCCAUGUUUGAUGAGUAUUUUCAAGAAAGGCAGAGUGAGUGAUGUUGACUAAGAAGCUACCAUCCCGCUUGUGAGGUGUUCUUCUCCUGGAGGAUGUAACUGGAAGCUGCUGCUUAUGUCUGUAAAGAACACUGGGCUCUAGGGUUGAACCAGUGAGUGAGCGAUGGAGUGAGCAGGCCUGGCCUGUGCUCUGAGCUCUGAGACUGCUGCUCUUUCAGGAGAUCUUAGCCUGACACUAUUGUUUGGACUUGUAAAAGAAUCAAAGUAGAAAUUAAUGCACAUAGACUUAUAUGUAAUAUAAAUCAACCUAGCCACACACAUAGAUCUCCUGUGUGCAUGUGUGUGUGCUUGCGCGUGCAAUUAGAGCCAGUGGAACUUCAUUUUUACAAUUGGAUUUUUGUUUUUUGUGGGAUCUUCUUUUGAUUUACUUGUUUUUGGAGAGGUACAAAUUAUUGUUACAAAAAUAGAUAUCUACAUCAAAAUUAAAAAAUUGGAAGGAUAUACAUAAAUCUUAUUUUCUUAAACAUGCAUUAUUUAUGUAAUUAAAAAUGAAAACUGUGUUUGAGAUUUGUAUGUGUAGGAAAGAAACAGGUCCUCUUUUCAGUCUUGUUUUCCUGUCAGACUUUGGAAUACAUUCCAGGAAAACUCUUUAACAGGCUAAUUUCCCCAGGGAUCAAAAUGCUGGCAGUGACUGUUUAGAAAUCUAGUGUGUGUCUGUGUGAGCAUGGUGGCUACUGACUGUAGUCCCAGGGUUCAGGGGGUGAGGUGGGAUGUCCAUGAGACCAGUGCCAGUCUGGGCUACAUAGUGAGACCAUGUUUCAAAAAUGGGAAAAACACAAAAAAACAAAUUUGAUUUGUUUGUAGUCUCUGAGAAUUUAAAAGCUUAGAUUUUCUUAGAAUACUGACUAGCAUAAAGCAAAAGAAGUAAUUCUUCUUUUUAACUUAUAUUGAAUUACAUUCAGCUCUUGAGAAUCCAUUGGCAGCGGGUGUGGUGCAGGCCAUGGGUGUGGAGCAGACAGCUGGAAGGUUUUGCUCCAGCAUCCCCCCAGGGCCAGGCUCUGGCAGAGGGAGGCUGGAUCUCAUUAAGUUCAGUUAGGCAUUACAUUUCAGAGCAUUGUCCAUGAUUUCUUUCAUUGAAUUCUUGCAACAAAGCCCAAGGUUAUUUGGUGACCAGUCUACCUGGUGACGCUAAUUAUGCCCUCAUAGAAAUGUAACUCAGGUCAGAUGUUGUCAUGUUGUCCCGUAGUGCUGUGUUUGAUCCAUUUUCAAUAAAGCCAAGUGAGGCUCCCUUUGAA